CCAUUUCUUCUCCCUCGCAGUGUUAUGUGCGGUGGGGGCGGCGCUAAGCGGGUGGGCGUGGUGGGUGAUGACGCGUCGCUCGGCACCCAAGCCUGGCCUCCUCCACCUGUUCACGGGCAAGUACCUCCACCCGCAGCGCUGCUCGACGACCUUCCACUGGGACGACCCCUCCACCGUCGGCACCACUGUGGCCUUCACUGUCCAGUUUUUCCAACGAAAUGGACGACCGUACCCGAUUAGUGAUGCUGACGGCGUCUUGGUGGAGAUAACACAAGGAAUACAUAAGGUUGGGGUGGUGACCGAAUUAGGAGGCACCGGUGAUGCACAGAUCAACACUGCAAGAUGCAAGUUCACUGCCCGUCAGGCCGGACAGUACAAGAUCUCCAUCCUCCUCGCCAACCAACAUAUCCGUGGCAGCCCUUUUGUCAAGAACUUUUUGCCAGGACCCCCAGACCCAAGCAAAACUGUGAUGGUGCAGCACAGCUCAACAGUUGUGUGCACAGCCAACCAGCCUCACCACAUCCUCAUAGAACCCCGUGACCAGUACCACAACGUCUGCUCGUUCCCCCCCGGACAAGCGGACACUAGUAACUACUCCAUCUCCAUUGUCGAGCUGGAAGGGGGAUGGACAGUUGAUGCUGGGAGCAGCAUUGUUUACGAUCACACAACACGUCGCAUCAGUAUCCAGGUCACCCUCAAACGUCCAGGCUGCUACCGGGCGCACCUGACUUACUGCAACACCACCCUUACCAAUGGCAACUUUGACAUUAUUGUUUUAACUAGUGACGAUGCAUUGCGUGUCCAGAAGACAGUGAUGAGAAGAGUUCAUGAGGGAUAUGAGGCCCGGCUUCUAACUCAAAAUGGAUCUCAUCUUACCAAGCCAAAAAAAGUGUAUUGUUAUGUCACCCCAAAGCAGUUAAUUAUCAAGGAGUUCCUGUUCCGUCUCAUACCAAAGCGAGUGUGUACGUUCCGCCUCUGCCCAUCCACCAAGUUCCACUUCACCGGCACCAGCAACCAGAUUGGGCUUCCAACCAUGAGCAUAGAUGAUGGUUGUCAACCGCUGGUCUUCCUGGCUGCCAAGGACCGUAAUGUGAUAGCCUCCACCUUCACCCAGUUCAUGCUAAAGAACAUUGGAGGUUCAGAGACCUUCAAGGACAAACAGGACCACUUUUAUCAUGAGGUGCGCAAGUACCACAGCAAGCGCAUGCAUGAUAGGAUUCAGAUCACUGUCUCCAGAGAAAAGCUGCUGGAGUCAUCCAUGAAGGCAACAAAGAACUUCACUGUGGCAGAUUGGUGCAAGAACUUCGAGAUUACGUUCCAGGGGGAGGAGGGCCUGGACUGGGGAGGUGUGAGGCGCGAGUGGUUCGAGCUGAUCUGUGCUCAGUUAUUUGACAAUAACAAUGGUCUCUUCACUAGUUUACAUGAAGGUCAACAAGCUUUAGUCCACCCAAAUCCAGACAGACCUCCUCAUCUAAAAUUAAAACAUUAUGAAUUUGCCGGGAGGGUUGUGGGGAAGUGCCUAUAUGAGUCAGCUCUUGGAAGUGGCUAUAGACAGACUGUGAGGGCAAGGUUCACAAGAUCAUUUCUGGCACAGCUGAUUGGGCUGCGGGUGCACUAUAAGCACUUUGCUCAGGAUGACCCCGAACUGUACAAUGGAAAGAUACGGCACCUGCUAGAGCAUGGGGUGGACAAGCUGGAUGAUGAACUGUACUUCAUCGAGGAGUACAUACAUGCCACUGGACAGAUCAAGGUCAUUGAGCUGGAGCCUGGAGGAACAACCCGUCAAGUGACAAACAACAAUAGACUUCAGUAUUUAGAUGCAAUUGCGCAGUUUAGACUUUCUGCAAGAGUCCGCAAUGAAGUGGAUGCCUUCUUAGCUGGUUUAAAUGAGAUUAUUCCAGACAACCUUCUAUGCAUAUUUGAUGAAAAUGAAUUAGAGUUACUAAUGUGUGGAAUUGAGGAGUACAGCAUUGCAGACUUCAAAGCCAACCACGAGGUGAAUGGAUCAUCUCCAGAGUUUCGACGUGUACUGUACUGGUUCUGGACAGCUGUUUCAAACUUCACUGAGGAGGAGAUGGCACGACUCCUUCAGUUUACUACAGGGUGUUCCCGUCUCCCCCCCGGUGGAUUUGCUCAGCUGUCUCCCCGCUUCCAAAUCUCAGCUGCUCAUACAUUUGGUGUGCUACCCACUGCUCAUACUUGCUUUAAUCAACUUUGUCUGCCAGAUUAUGACAGCUAUGAGCAGUUUGAAAAAGCAUUACUGCUGGCUAUCAAAGAAGGAUCGGAAGGCUUUGGAAUGGUUUAGAGCCAAAGACAAGGGAUCUACCUUUUUAUUAGUCCAUUGCAUACAUGAAGAUUCUGAAGAGGAGAUUCAUGAACCUGUAAGUGCUUCUAUGGAGAUACCAUUUCUUUGACAGUAAUAUUCAGGAUUUUAUUUCUUUAGUUGAAUAUAAAAAUGCCAGUUGUAUGUCACAAUAUUAUAUUACUAGGCAACAUUGCAGGGGUUGUAGGCAAUCUCAUAAAAAAAGAAAUGGAGGAAAAUAUUACAAAAAGAAGAUUUCCAAAGACCAAAAAGUUUUAUCACAAUGGACCACUAAGUGAAGUCAGUGCGAAGGUAUGUGUGUGUGUGUGUAUUUGGUGUAAAAGUACUAAAUUCUCUAUAUUCCUCACCCAUCUUCAUGGUGCCCAUAUAUAACAAAUGUUACAUAAGAGACACUAUUUUUUCAUUCUUUCUUUUAUCAUUAUUUUUUCAUAAGACACAGCCAAAGCUUGUAAGGUUAGUACAGUAUUGUAAAACAAAAAACAAAAAAAAAAUGAAAAGAAAGCAGUAUGUAUUUUAUCCAUCCAAGACAGUAAUUUAGAGCAUCUGCACAGAAACCUAAUUCAGGUUAUUCCACAUGAAUUUGAAUACCUAGACUUAUCUUAAGUUGAUAGACA